AUGUUCGUCUAUCAUGGUAUCCACACCUGGACUUUGAAGCUCAGUGAACUGGCGUCUUUGGGGAGUGGAGAACAGUGGAAGACGCCCCCUUUCUAUCCUCUGGACCCGGGUCGCAUGGCAUUGUGCUUCGAUAAUUCCGGCCACUUUCGACUGGAGCUUUUGCACAGAGCAGAUCUGAGCUCACGCGAGCUCCGAUCGUACGACCACAACUUGAAGCACUUCAAGCUCAGAAACGCCACCUGCGAAAUUUGGUCCGCCGAUCGAACGGAAUGCUACCAUUCGCACCAUUUCGUCUUGAGCGUUCAAUGCGACUUGCAACUGGACUGGAACGUGCCAAGAUUGUCUCAGUGGGCAAAUUUGGGUAAAAACGACGAGUCUUUCUGCGUAGUCAUCUUUCGAGUAAAUUCGCAGGGAGACGAGGCCGAUUCGGCGUAUCGCAAGGGCAUUGAGGCUCAGCUCGCCAAGAAAGGAGCGACUUUGGCGCGCAUCGCGCUACAGGAGUGUCAGCAGGAGCAUCAAGCCACGCUCAUGCGGCUUUGCAGCAAGAUUCAACAGAGUGAUCAGGGUGAUUCUUUCCUGCAUCGGUUUCAGCCUAGUCUACCAUCUGACCUCUUCAGGUGGAGAUCCUUGCAGUGAUUCACUCGACCGCCCAUCCCUUCAACGUCCGAUUUGCGUUCGGAUCCGCGGGAGAUCUAUGGGAGAGCUCGGAGUUCCUGGCUUCACAAUCGGCCUACUUUGCCGAUCUCUUUGCCGCGGGAUUCUCGGAAAGUAUUAUGAAGCCUGUCGAUGCCGAGCAAUGCAGCGUCCCAACGCGUACGGUCCACGUGAUCAAAGGACGCCUCGAGGAGUAUCAUGCGGUGUUCGUCUGGCUUCGUACUGGGCUCAUCCGGUUCGACGAUUCGAUCGGAAAUUCGGCCCAGCCCUCGGACAUCGAAGCCACUGCGCCAUGUUCAAACGCCAUUCAGGCUUCUUCCGUCUACUCGCUCUCCCACUACCUCCAACUCCCGGAGCUCUCGGCCCUUGCCUUGAACUUUUGUCUGGAACAUCUGACCCCUGCCCGGGCUGCCCUCGAGCUACUCCGAGAGUGGUGCUACGCUCACGAAGAGGUUCGACAAAAACUGAUCGAGUACGUUGUUCGCAACUGGUCCGAGGUUAAGACGUCCUCGGUCAUUACGGACUUGUGCAAGACGAUUGGCAAGGACUCGGAUCUACCGUUUGAGGCGCAGAAUGUGCUUCUUGAGUUGAUGGCCAAAGUCGCGGUCAUGUGA